AUGCAUGGAAAAUUUCUGCCAAGGCAUUUGAGCGGAAGGUUGUUUCGUGUGAGUGAGAACUGGAAGUUCUUCAAGGAGUGGCGGCCGUACUGCGACUCUCUCUCGGUUCUUACCUUUACCGCGGGAAUUCAAGUGUGGUCUUUGGAGGAUUUGUACUGCCUGGCGUACGCCCCUCUCCAGGGCACUUGCUUGAUGGAUCUGGAGGAGGAUGACUACGCACCAGAGACCCUGCAGAAGGAAAUAAAGUUCCUGCAGAAGUUUACGUCAACGAGCCUGGAAGCCUUCAGCAAGUUCUUUGAAAAGGCAGACAUUUCCAGCGCUGAAGGGGCGGCAGCGCUGUAUUGCAUGACGUCCUUCUUCAACCGCCUGCAGGUCGUCUCACUGCGUGCCGGCACACUGGCGGGAGAGCUGAUGGCGCUAAAGAAAGUCGACUACCAUGACACCCUAAAGAGUCUUACUUCAAAAGCAAAGGCAGAAGGACUUCACCCCGAAGACACUCGCCUGGAGGACAUUGUCGAAACAGAUAAGGAGGCGGAAUGGGAUUUCCCCGCCGCAGGAAAGGGGAAGGUGGAGUUUAGACACUCCGUAUCAAUGGUUGCACCCAGGGACUACGAAAAAGAUGAAGCAGCUCAAGUGUCUCAUCAGCCAGUCAAGCCGGAGUUCACAAGGAAGAAGGUGCGGAAGGCAACGGGGUACGCCAAGUUCAACUUCUCGGCUGAUGAUCUUCAGGAUUCGGCGAACAAGUCGGAUGAUGACACGGAAGAAACGAACGUCGGAAGCCAAAGCUCCUCGUCAAAGACGGUUCGCAUGCAACCAGAUGCCCGCUGGACUUUCACCUUGGGUUCCGUAAACGGAAGUGCGGGCUCAACUGAGAACGAGGUGGUCAGGCGCGGCUCUUCAGUGUCGUUGGGGACUGUGCAGGAAAUUCAGGAUAAAGAUGCAGACGCAAACUGGCACGACUCAGAGCGCCAUUCAGGCCGUUACACCCGCAUUCGUGGGCGCAUACCAACGGGCCACGCUUCCCUCAUGAAGUCGAGCAGCGACGACAUGCUGGACGUGUUGCUUGCCGAGGAUUCUGAAGAAGGUCGUCGCGCGCGCGAAUUGCUGCUGCACAACACGGAACUGAACUCUUCGUCUCCUCCUGUCUCUGUUCGCUCGUGGAGUUCCGAAUCCAAGGAGUUCCCUAGGGUGUCCGUCGGCGCAGCGAAAGGUUCAUUUGGAGAAGCAGGCGCCGAUGCGAACCACAUGCUCGGUGGAGGGGACAAAAAGGUCUCCGGUUCCCGAUCUGCCUCCUGCUCAGGGAAUGCCCUGUCCAUUAUCGAGUGUCACCUCAGCCCCAGCAGUUGA